AUGGCAAACGUAGUGGAGGCGCUGCAGCUAAUCCUCCUUGCCAACGCUAUCAUACGGGGCAGCCUCCUUCAUCAGGGAACGAUAGUGCAGCAGAAGAACUUCGGCUACGUACUGCAGAUCUACAAUCCAAAGUUCAUCGCAGCAGGAUCACUGUUCAGUGCUCGGUACAUUUUAACGGUGGCCCACUGUUUCCAGAAGUCCACCAAACCAGAGCAGCUGACAGUGCGAGCCGGCCACGACCGAAUAGCCGGGCAGUUCUGGGGCAGACCGGUGGCAGCAUUUAUGCGCCAUCCAAAGUUCUCACCCGAAACUAUGCGGAACGAUAUUGCCAUUCUGCGAGUCAAAGUGGCCAUUGGAUACUCGCGCUACGUCAACUUUGUAGCCCUGUGCUCGGCGCCCUUGAAGGGUGGCCAGGACGCACGGCAUGCGGUCGUAGGCUGGAGCCUGAUCAAUAUCACCCAGCCGCUGAAAUCCAUUGAUGUCAGGCUGGAUGUAGGGAAAACUUGCCAACAAUUUCCCCAGUUGCCAGGCGGCGUGGUCUGCGCUUCUACUACGGAUGGAGAAGGCCUGUGCUAUGGCGACUCCGGGGAUCCCCUGAUCAGUGGCGGUGAAGUCUGUGGCCUGGCAAUAGCCUUUCGGCGAUGCGGAGACAAGCGGUACCCAGCCCUCUUCACGGAUGUCUACUACCAUCGCCCCUUCAUCUCCCAAGCCGUACUCACAAUGGACAGGGAAAUGCUGAAGAAGCAAAAGGGUUGAGUUGGGGGAACCCUCUGAACGCCAAACGGAUCACGCAGAACAUACCAGAUUGAGGAUGAAUAAAUUUUCUUUGUGAUUAAAACACGGCUGGAGGACUCACCUGCAAGGAAACAGACAAAGGAAAAUUCAAUUAGUAUCGAAAGAAAGAAAAAGAGGAA